AUGUCGCCAGCUGAUGCCGCAGCCAAACAUGGCCAUGUACAUUCACCACCACACCGCGAGCCUUCGCCCGCGAGAAAUGGCUCUUUCCUCGCCCAGAUGCCUCUGUCCAUCCUUGGUUCCUUUCUGCGCGCGCAAACUCCCUCUCCGUCGCAGGCGACAAUGACCGCAAAACAUGUCGACCAUGUACAAUCCAUUCCUGAUCAGAAGGAUGGAAUGACAACCCCCCGUCGAGAUCCUCCCAUUUCUCCCGCUCCUUCGAGACCUGUGUCCUCCGGCAGCAGCGCAGCCGACUCGAGGUCGAAGAAGCGCACUCCUCGCUCAAGGACGUCCUACCUAAUCGCCAAACCCCCACAACCUGUCAACCCUCGGUCCAAGUUCCACAUACGCCCCAAGGUGCUCCUGCAACUACACCAGGUGAUCGAAUCACAGCGCCCGAAGCCUGUCUACGAAGUCAUCCCUUUCUCCCUUCUCCCGCAGCGAUCCACGAGGCGCCUCGCUCGAACCUUCAACACACGGGAGAAGCUGGGGCCUAAAGACCUGCUGAUCGUCAAGGCUGAGACGUAUAGUAGCAAGGAGGAAGACGUGAGGUCUGAUGAUGAGCGAUGGGGUUCACGAGAAGUGAUUGGCGUCAUAAUUCCCGGCAAGUGUGAAAAAGGAGUCACGGGGAAGACGGAAAUCUGCAUGGACGACGGGAUGAGCCGCUGGGAGGUGAUCAACAUGCCGAAUGGUGGCUAUGAGUUCAAUACUACCGACAAACAUGGCCUGACGCUGAAAGCAAGAUGGGUGCUAAAGCCUGCCCAUACCCGUCGAGUGUCGGGCAUGUCGACUACUUCCCAGUUCUCCCCCACACUUCCGCCUGGACAAGAGGACAAGAAGUUCACAUUCAGUACAUUGAGCGCCAAUUCAAGGCGCCACCCCAUCAUUGCAACUAUGACUCGAACUCGCAUAGAUGUCCUGAAUUCCUAUGCGAAACCAUCAGCAACAUCGCCGCCUACACCAAGUUUCCCGUCCUACACCCAGUCGCCUGCUGUGACGCCUUCGAGCAUCGACAUGAACUCUUUUCUAGAUAACGCAAGCCUUGCUCUUCCCAUCGAGACUGACGACGCCCUGCGACACUUCAUCGUCGUAUCAGGCGUAUGGGUGGCAUCUCAGAACUUUGGGUCACCGGACAACAGCCAACCGUCGACUCCCUCGUUGACUACAUCUGCCACCUUCCGCCCGCCAAACCAUCGCACCGUCUCCAUGUCUUUCAUCGAGUCUCCUCGAUCUACCUCGCCAACUUCCACCAUCGACGAAAGUCGCCACUCGUUCUCUAAACCGUUUAGACGGAGCGUAGAAAGGCUCCCUCGUAGCACGAGCUUCACGGAGCCUGCCUCGUCUCCCAUGUCAACUAAAACCUCGCCAACCUCCUCUCCUAAACUGAAGACCCGCGGGCGCCGAGCAAACUCUACCGGUAACACUCACUUUCAAAGCAUGACGGGUAGCAUGAGGAAGCGCUAUGGGAUUGCUUUUGAGGAUGCACCCCAGGAAAGUGAGGAAGAGAGGCAGACUAAACGCAGCAUCGAACUGCUUCGAAUCAAGGAACUAGCUCUGCCGUCUCCCCUCGAACAGCCCACUAUCACGGUGCCUGUCAAAGAACCUCAGUCGAGACUUGCCUCUAUACCCUCCCCUAUCAUCAUCCCUCCUCCCUCCGACGGUCUCAUAAAUCCAACACCAUCGCCCCCUUUAUUAUCCCUUCCAACCCCAGAUCCCAAACGAGCCAGGAAAACACAAUCCGCGUACAAUCCAAUAACCACCGCUGGACUGUGGGAUUCUGGUGUUACAGAAGGCCCUAGCCUCAAAGCACGACCAACAAGCAUGUUUGUCAUGGACGAGCGAAAGAGGAAGCAGGAGAAGAAGCGCGGGCAAAGUAAGAACAAGGAGAAUAGGAAAGAAGAUAAGAGGGGGUCUGUAGAAGACAAGGAUUGGUUAGGACUAAAGAGGAAAAGUGACUGGUACAAGUACAAGAUUAAGCUUGGCCUCAAGGAGCUCUUCAGGAAGGGGGAGAAAGCAUAA